AGCAAUCUCGAACAUAGAUGUAAUCAAAACUUAAAUAAGAGAUUCAAAGAGUAAAUCAAAUAGUCAUAAUUGGUUAUCUUAUUAAUUCAAUAUGCUUGUUUUAAGUCUGAUAUGUUUGGUUUAUUUAUAUGAUAAGUAGUAAUUAGUUUUCUUUAGUAAAACAAACUUAUUAUUUAAUAAGUUUGUAAAUAAUACAUAAACAAUAUAACAAGACAUUUUAAAAGGUUGUUAACAUGUAACAGAAGAACUUAGAGAAUGUCUCAAGAUGAAAGCAAAAAUAAGAAAGUUCCUCCUCCUGUAGCUACAAAACCAUGCAUAUCUCCAAGUUUUAAAAAGAUUUUAUGUAAAAAAGAUGAACCUGCAAAAGAAAAUGACAAUUCCAAUUGUAGUUUCUUGAAAAAUCGAUCACUUGAUAAAAAUAGAGAAAUCUUAAAUGCUGGAAAUAAUUUGCCAGAUAAAGAAAAUAUAAUAUUGGAUAUUGAAGGCAAAGCUAAAGAUAAUAUUCAACAUCAAUCUAAUAUUUUUCACAAGAAACCUAGAAAAACAUGUUUUUCACCAGACAAUCCCAAAGAAGAAAUAACAUUUAGUUUAACAGAAGUCAGUAGCAUCAGGCAAAAUGGUUUAGAUGAUACAUUGGAUUUUUCCUCAAGUGAAGAUAAUAUUUUACUCUGUAAAAAUGCAGAAAAUAUCAAGAAUGACUUUUCAGAUUUGCCAAUACCACCUCCUUUAAUAAUUGAGAGUGAUGAAGAAAGUCAACUGAAUUGUGUCAACUCAACUCCUACAGCAGGUCCUAUAGAAGAUUUAGCUUCACAGUUUGAUUUCUUAAUAAAACCUCCACCUUCUCCUGAUAUUGAUACAAGCGAAAGUGAAGAAUCUUGUUCAGAUGAUUUACCAUUAGAUGUCUUAAACAGAAAUGACAAUGAAGAUGAAGAUUCUUUCAAUUUUAAAUCCAAUGAUGAUAAUUAUCAGAAUAAGAUAAAUUUUUCAGAGAAUUUUAAUUUGAAAAAUAUUUCAGAGGAUUGUGAACAAAAUAAAAGGGAUAAAAAAAUGAAAAAAGAGUUAAUCGAUAAAACAAUAUCUAGUACACAGUAUGACAGCAAAAAGGUUAAUCUUUUGCAUAAUAAUUUAUCCAAAUGUGAAAAACUUGAAGAAUUAUUUCCAGUUGUAGAAGUAGAUUCUGGACGUGGUUUAUCUCCUGAAUAUCUAAAUGCAAAGAUUAUAAAUAGCAGUGCAAAGAAUAAAUCAUCAGACAAUUGUUUUAGUUCCAUAUUUGAACCGAUUUCUUCGCAACCAUCCAAUGAAUCUUGGUCUUCAAGUAGUUUGAGUAGUGAUAGCGAUAAUGAACUAGAAUUAAUUUCCAAACCAAAGGUUAAUAUUCGUGAAAAGUUAUUAAAGCAUAUGAAAAAUAUGGAAUCUGUCAGUGAUGCAGAAAGUUUUUUUAGCUCAAAACGAGUUGAAUUAGAAGAAGACUGUAGCAUAUUAUCAGAUGAUGAGGCUGAAAAUUGCUUAAAUGAUAUCGAUGUUUGUGAUUGGACGACAUCUGAUGUUUGUGAUUGGCUUGAACUAAUUGGACUGGUUCAUUUAAAGAAUGUUUUUAGAGAUCAUGGAGUUAAUGGCAAAAUGCUCUUUGAUAUCAACUUACACUUAUUAGAUUCUAUGGAUAUAAAUUCUGAUGAAGAUAGAGAGUUGAUUUUAUCAGAAAUUUAUGCUCUUCAAAAUCCUUCUGAUGCUGAUUUACAAGUAUCAAUACUAGACGCUUUAGAUAAAGCCACAGGCGAUGAUAGACAAAAGAUGUUAUCUUUAAUUCAAGCACUUCAAACUCCAUCUGCUGAAGCUUAUACCAGCAGCUUUCCAUCUCAACUUUCAAAGGAAUCACCACUUUUUAAUCCCAAUUUUCAAGCAAGUAACAAUCUUGUGUCUGAAAGUAACUGUCUUGUGCCUACAAAAAAUGCCAUUGACAUGAGUGUAACAUCUGGUGUUACUGGAGUUAAAGACACUGGUGUUGAAAAUUUUGACAAUCAAAAAGUUUUUCGUGGAGAAUGUUUGACAAGUCAGUCAGAUUUGAAUGAAAUGCAAAAAAAGAAAAAGAAAAGAAAGGGCUUUUUUUCUUCGUUUUUAUGGAAACGAGAAAAAAAGCCAAAAUCAGCAAUAGUUGAAGCAUCGUUAUCUAUGCUUGUACAAGCAAGUCCUCAGGGCAUGAUCAAAAUUUUUUAUCAAUCUUCUAAUAACAAAGUGCAUGUUAACUUAUUGAUAUCUUUUAAUACAUUGUCUUGUGAAGUUUGUAAAAUGUCUUUGGAAGCACUUGAUCUGAUUGAAGAUUUUAAAACAUUUUAUAUUGCAGUUUGCAGAAUGGAUGGAAAAGGUGAGAAUUUAACUCUUAGAUCAGAUGAAUGUCCAUUGAUGAUUCAAUGUAAAUGGGAAGAUAUGAAAACAUAUCAGUUUGAACUUAAGCAAAAUAUUGAUGGUUAUGUUACAGUUAACAAAGAAGAUCUUGAUCUACAGGAGAUGGUAACUGUUCGACUUGGAAUUAGUUUUAGCACAACCUCAAGUGAUCUUAUACCUGUUCUUAUAAAAAAGUUUAAAGAGAAAAGCAUGCCAAGUUCAUACAAGCUUCAACUUUUUAAUGAAGGGAAUGUUGUUGCUGAUAGCAUAUUUCUAUUGAGUCUACCAUUGUAUGGACAUAAAUUUCACACUUUUAAAUUUGUUAACAUAUCUGAUGAAUCAAAACAGAAAGAAUUAAAACAAACAGAACUAAAUGAAUUCAGAGCAAAAACAGUGUCUUUGGAAAAAAGAAUGUUAACUAUUGCUACUACUAAUGCUGAUUUAAAUACAGCUAAUUCAAGACUUUCUUCUUUAAAUCAGGAAUUGCAAACUAAAGUAGAUCGAUUUCAAGAAGAAAUACAUUUAAAAACAAUUGAGAUUAAAAAACUUCAAGAUAAAAUUUCUGAAAAGGCUUCACAACAGUUUAUAAGUGAUACUAAUGAUUACCACAGUCUUAAACAGAAGAUUCAUGAACAACAAGUGCAUUUAGAGCAUACUGAAGAGAGAAAUCGAACUUUAAAAGAAGGAAAAGAAAUGCUAGAAAAUGACCUGUUUAAGUUACAGGAAAAGUUUAAUUUAAUUGAACUCUCCAAUUGUGAGCUGUCGAAACGAUGCAAAGAACUUGAGCAAGCAAAGAAAUAUCAAAAAGAAGCUGAUUAUAAUAUUGAAAAACUUGUUGCAGAGAACAAGGAGCAUCAAAAAACUAUAAAAGUUCUAGAGGAAAAGUUAGCAGAAGCAGAAUAUAAAUACUCACAGUACCUUCUUACACAAAAUGACAAAAGUAUGGAGUUUGAGGAUAUUGUCUCACAAAAUGAAGUAUUAGAACACAGCAAUAUUGAGAAAGAUUCAAAAAUCCUUGAGCUUGAGUACUCCAUUCAAAAGAAAGAGAGAGAAUUUCGAGAGAUAGAAGAUCAAUUAGAAGAUGAAAGUAGAAAGAGAAAAAGAGAUAUAGAACAAAAGGAUGAUCUUGAAAAAACCAAAAAUGAGUUGCUCAUAAAAGUGGAUGAAUUAAAAAAGCAACUCAGUGAUAAGGAGAAAUCAAUACAAUCAAUGAAAAGUCAAAUAAUCAAACAAGAAAAGAAAAUAAAAAAGCAAAAAUCAAUGUCAGUAAUGGAGAGUAGUGGUAAGGAUGAUUUGUUUCAAGAAAUUAAGCGACAACACCAACAGGAUUUAUUGGCCCUGGAAACAAAAGUGGAAUGUCUUCAAAAGCAACUUGUUGAAAAAGCACUUUCUAACAAAAAGUAUGAGUUUGCUUGUAGUAAAGAGAAAGAGGACAUGGAUGUUUUAAUAAAAGAUCUUGAACGAAAAUUGUCUGCAAAAGAUGCUAUUAUUGAAAGAUUGGAAACCAAGAUUGCAAAGCAUGAUAUGACAGUUGUUUCAAAAAUUCAAGAUCAAACUGAACUUAUGAAAACUAAAGAGGAACGUAUUCAUAUACUGGAAUUAGAGUAUGCUCGGAUGGAAAAAGAAUAUACAGGAAGUUUACGUGAGUCAGCUAAUAAUAUUCGAACUAAAGAUAUUAUUAUUCAAAAACUUGAAACUAAAAUAAAAAAGUUAGAACAGAGCAAUCGAGAAAAUGGACUAAAAAUUGAAAAAUAUUUUGCAGAUAAAAAAAAUCUCUUACAACAAGUUACUGCUGAUCAUGAAAAAGAUAUUAGAGAUUGGAAAAAUCGUCAACGUGAAUGGGAAGAAAAGUUGACAGAGAAAGAAGAAAAUAUAAAGGAAAUUACUAAGAAACAAUCAGAGAUGCAAGUUUUUUUUGAAAACCGCGCCAAGAAACGUGAAAAAGAGUUUAAGCGGCAAAAGUAUCUUCUUGAGCAAAUUUUAGAGAUGAUAAAUUUAAGAGCACCCUCACUUCUUCGUGAUUUACAAAAUAUUACUUUUCAAGAUCGCAAGAAAUCACUGUUAAAUGAAGUUGGGAAUAAGCAGGCAUCCUUGUCAACAAAUGAUGACUGGUGCUAAAAAACCAUAUAGGA